CGGCGGAGCGGAGUCCGCGGGUCCGCCCGCCAGCCCGGCGGUAGGCAGUCGAGGCCGCUCGGGCGGUGGUGGCGGCAGCGGCGGCGGGAGCUAGAGCGCAGUGCGCCUAGGAGAAGGAGCGGCGACACUACCAGAUAGCAGCCUGGAGGCCAAGCAUGAUCAUGAAGACAGUUGGACAGUGCUGAAGACCCAGCCUGGAUCCAGUAGCUUUGAAAGGACUCCAGCCCCCCAGGACCCCAGUCCAUAGCCCUCUGACACCCACAGGAUGGGAGCCUGGGGGCAGGGAGCCUGGCCAUGAGGGACUGCGAUCCCUCCCGGCAAAAGGCCAGCCCUGCACCUCCCAAGUACACUUCCGCACGAGGUCCCGGCAUGGACUCUAGACACAGCAGCCCCAGUGGGGCAGGGGAGGGCACCUCCUGCUCUGAAGGCCCUGGCGGGAGCUUGGUCUGCCCCUCCCUGACUUGCACCCCUCCCCAAGAGGCAAACACCAAGGAGACAUUGAGGGGAAAUGAAGCCUUGAUCUCAGGGACACUAGAAACCACAUUCUCUGGGAAGUCAGAGCCCAUGUCCUCAGUGAAGACUGAUCCCUCACCCUCGGAAAACAGAAAUCCUGUGUUCUUGGAAAAGAUGGAUUCCAAGUCUUCAAAGCUGGCAGACUCCACUCCCAUAAGAAAGGAACAUGCUGAGUCCUUGAUGAAGGCAGGUCCCACAUUCACAGGAAAGACAGAGCCAGCAACCUUGGGAAAGGGAGGUCCUGUGACUUCUGGAGGAAUGGACCCUGUGGCCCCAAGAAAGGAGGAAGCUGGAUCUUUGGGAAAGGUAGAGCUUGCAUGUUUUGGUAAGAUAGAUAUGAUGUCCCCAAGCAAAGAGGAGCCUAGGUAUUCAGGGAAAGAGCUUUCUGCAUCCUCAGAAGAGGUGUGCCCUGCAUCUACCAGGAAAGCAGAUCUUACAUCCUUGGGAAAGAAAGACCUUGGGCCCUCUGGGAAGGCAGACCCUGUAUCCUUAGACAACCCAGUUUCUGCAGCCACAGGAAAGACAGAUCCUGGGACCUUGGGAACUCUGACUCCAGGGUCAUGCACAAGUGAGCCUGUAUCCCCUGGGGCAGUGGCUCUGGGGCCAGCAGGAAGGGUGGCUCCUACACGCUUGGAGAUGACCGAUCUUGUAUCUGUGGGAAAGACAGAAACUGUGUCCUCCACAAAAGAAGACCUUCAGUUCCUGGGAAAGCUGGACACUGCAUCCACAGGAAAGGAGACUCCUGUGCCUAUAAGGAUGACAAAAACCGUGCCUGGUGGCCUAGUGGAUCCCAUGUCCUCAGGAAAGACGGGUUCCAUGUCUGUGGAAAACGUGGAACCCAUGUCUUCAGGCAAGGGGGUUCCUGUGUCCUCAGGAAAGCCAGAACCCUCAUCUGUGGGGAAGACAGAGACUGUAUCCUCAGGAAAGAAGGACCCAGAGACCUCCAGAAAGGUGGAUUCCAUAUCUGUGGGAAAUACAAAGACAUUAACUUCCAGAAAAGUGAAUCCUGAGUCUUCAGGAAAGAAAGAAUCUGUACCCUCUGAAGUAGGGGAUCCCAAGUUCUUGGAGACAGCAGAGCCCUCAUCCUUUGUGAAGGAUGAGGCAGGGACUAGGGAAAAAGCAGGUCCGGUGGCCUCUGGAAAAGUGGCUGUACCUGUACACCCCAUGAGCAGGGGGGAGGCAGAAACUGUUACACCUGGAGAAGUGGACUCAGUGUCUUCAGGAAAGGUGACCCCCAUGACUCUUGGGAAAACAACCCCAGCAAUACCUAUUCCAGAGGGAAAUGUGGACCCCCUGCCUCUAGAGAAGGAGGGCCCUGAGAAGGAGGGCCCUGUGAAGGCCGCAAAGGUGGACCCCAGGGCUUUAGGGAAAGCAGACGCCACUAUUUAUGAGGGCAAAGCAGAAACAAGGCCUUCUGGGCUGGAGAGUCCAGCUUCAUCAGGAAAAGCAGGGGCUGCAUCUUUGCAGGAGCCACCAGCUUUGGAGAAGGUGGAUCCCGGAGGCUCGGGAAAAGCAGAUCCUCUGGACUCUGGGAAGGUGGAGGCUGUCUCCCUGGGGAAGGGCGACUCUGGACCUCUGAGAAAAGCAGAGCCCCCACCCUCGAGGAAAGCAGUCUCCCCGACUCUGGACAAGGCAGAGGCCUCCUCAGUCAAGCAGUCGGAUAGCAAAGCCUGCGGCUCAGGCCUUUCUCCUGCAGGGGCUGGCAGCAGCGGGCGCAGCACAGAGGCAGACCCUGCGCCCAGUGCGCUGGCUUCCAGCCUGGGUCAGAAGGACCAGGCGUGGCCUGGCGCCGAGAGGAGUCCAGGGCCGGAGGCUGCCGCCCCCGCACCCGGGCCGCGGACUCGCGACAACUUCACUAAAGCGCCGUCGUGGGAGGCGAGCGCCCCGCAGCCUGCACGCGAGGACGCCGGCACGCAGGCGGGCGCGCAGGCCUGCGUUUCGGUGGCCUUAAGCCCCAUGUCUCCGCAGGAUGGCGCUAGCGGCCCGGCCUUCAGCUUCCAAGCGGCGCCGCGCGCGUCUAGCCCAGAGCCCCCGCCACCGUCACGCCGGGACGCGGGCCUGCAGGUGUCGCUGGGCGCCGCCGAGACGCGUUCGGUAGCCACCGGGCCCAUGACGCCGCAGGCCGCGGCGCCUCCAGCCGCACCGCCCGCCUUCCCCGAAGUGCGGGUGCGGCCGGGCUCGGUGCUGGCGGCUGCGGUGGCGCCUCCGGAGGCGGCUGAGCCCGUGCGCGACGUGAGCUGGGACGAAAAGGGCAUGACAUGGGAGGUGUACGGCGCCGCCAUGGAGGUCGAGGUGCUGGGGAUGGCCAUCCAAAAGCAUCUGGAGCGACAGAUCGAGGAGCACGGGCGCCAGGGGGCGCCAGCACCGCCGGCCGCCGGCCGCCCAGGUCCCGGCCGUGCGGGCUCCGUGCGCACCGCACCCCCAGACGGUGCGGCCAAGCGCCCGCCCGGCCUUUUCCGCGCCCUGCUGCAGAGUGUGCGCCGGCCGCGGUGCUGCUCGCGGGCCGGGCCCACGGCCGAGUGAUCUGUUCCCCUUUUGUACACCCGAUUCCGACCUUCUCAGGCUCCCUUCUAGUCCCCAGAUCCGUUAGAAGGGAACCCCUCGCGCAACAGGCCUCCCGGGUGGACAGCCUUAGGGCCUUCUCGUCCCCUACUUUCGCACCCUUUCCCGCCCCCAACCACGCAAAUGAACCCCACUACCCUGCUCCUUCAUGGUCAUAAGCCCAAGAACCCAGCCCUGUUACCCCACAGUCCCUCAGUCUUAAGCCCCACUCCCUCCCAGUCACACUUGGUGGCCUUGGGGACCUGCUUAGCCCCCUCAGCCCUGAGAGUUGAGGCAGGCUCCUGAGAUGUCCAAACAGGUGUGUGGAAGGGGAACCAGAUCCCCAGAACAGGAGAAACUGUACUAAAGCUCCAAGUGUGUGAGGAUUGGUGUGUGAGACCCUGAGUGUGCGAGACCCUGAGUGUGUGAGGCCCUGAGUGUGCGAGGCCCUACGUGUGAGGCCUGGGCGUGUGUGAGUGCAUGUCCACGCAGCGGGCUGGCCCCCAUGGCCUGGGCAUCUCUUGCAUGCUGAUGGUAGUCAUCCCCCACUCCUGUGUCCCCUCACCUGACCCAACCCCUAGCCCUACUUAUCUCUACCCUCCCUGGACGCCAGUUCACAAAUCCCAGACAGGCCAAAGGCAGCUGCAGGGGUGUCCUGGAGGUGUACAGGAAGGUCACAGGAAGGUCAGAGGGUCUCAGAGGUGACCAGAGAUCACAGAGGCUCCUGGAAGAUUUGGGGCCGCUGGCAGCUUGGGUGACAGCUGGUUUUGUGUACUGGGGACAGGGCAGGGCUCUUCUUCAACCACAGUUGUCCCUUACCAACCCCUCAUCCCCCCUGUGCUGUGAACCCCACAAUUCCCUUGUGACCACACCAUCCCCACCCUUCCAGUCGCGGUUUUUUGGCUACUGUCACAGUAUACAUUGGUAAUAAAACUUCCCCCCAAAUUC